GUCAGCUUCAGACCUCACGCCUUGCACUAUGCAGAUCACACAGAGCUUAGGCAUUCGCGUUCUCUUGUUGAUAACAGGAGGCUUAACACAGUGCUUGGCACUGAAGCAGGUUUCAGUAGUGCAAGGACACACGCUGAAUCUGUCAUGCCCACUGAAAAACAACAUUAAUAUGAGUGAUGCGGUGGAAUGGAGAAACCCAAAAGACUUACUCUUAUUCUUUAACAGUCACAAAGUAUUGAAAGACAAGAGGAACAAAUUUGUCACUUUAACCAACUCAGAAUUUUCAAUACGAGUGACCAAUAUAACAUUCAAAGAUGGAGGUGUUUACACAUGUCUACGUUACAACGGUCAAGUCUCAAAGAAAAGAUAUAGAGUAAUUGUUGUAGGUGUUCCAAAACUGGAAAAGGACGAGCAAGAGGAUACAACAAUUAUUAAAUGCUCCGCUUCAGCAAAUAACCAUCCACCCAGACUCUCAUGGGUAAUGGACAAUGGCUUAGAGAUUGAGGCUCACCCAUACUAUGAGUUGGAAAAGACAUCCAAUAAAUACACAGCUGUUAGCCUGCUGAAUGUAAAGGUUCCUAAGAAGAGAGUUACAGUGAAGUGCGUGGUCCGUCAUUCAGCUCUCCACGGUUCCCAACUGGAAAACUUUAUCCACUUAGGAAACAAGGAUCAAGACACAUCAACCUCAUCGAAAUAUUCCAGUACCACACUUGGAUCAACAGACACAACAGUCAUUCCAACACUUUUUAGCAGUACAAGCUUCACUGAUAGUCAUUCAGAGUCAGAAACCACAACUUACAGUAAUACAACAGCAGUAAACGAAACCACAGAGGGCACGUCAUCAAAUGGCAGCACAGACAUAUUAAGCAACGUUACUGUAAAUGAGACAACUGACUCAAUAUCUGAAACAACAGAGGGCAUAAAUACCACCAUCAAUUCAUCAAACAACACUACUGGGAGUGACAACAGCCAUGUAGAAACCCGUAGUAGUAAAACGGGAAAUUCAACAUUGCUUGUACUGCUGGUCACAUGCCUCAUCAUCUGCCUGUUCAUAGUACUUGCCUUCUUCCUGGUUCGCCUAAGGAAAGCACACAUUUCCUGGAAAAAAGAGAAUGAAGAGUCUGAUCAGUCAGUAGAGAGCAGCAAAUCAAAGUCUAGCAGUGAGGAGAAGCAAAAACAGAGACGACAAGGCUUUUGGAACACCAGUUUCACAAAGUACAAAGCAGAUGAAACGCAAGAGAAUGAGGCUCCGGAGGCCACACCAGCUUCUGUGCAAGUCAUUAAUGAAAACCCACAGCACUUUAUCUCCAGAUCUGGCAUCAAAGAGACUGAACUGUGAACAAAAUGAUACUUUAAUACCUAACCACCCUUGGUAUGGUAGCCUAUUGGUGCUUGAACACUAGUUGAAUGCUUGAAUGUUAAGCUAAGUGUACUUUGUUUUGUAUAUAUUUUGUAUGUUUCAUUUUUUUAAAUAAAACUGUAUUAUAUAUUUUGAUAGAAAAGGUACUGUCUAUCUCAUAAGUUUAGUAAGUGACAAUAAAUAUGUAUAUUUGUUAGAA